ACAAUCUAACACAAAAAGCAGAUAGGGAGAGAAGACAAAAACAAGAACAGGAGGAGAAGAAGAAGAAGAAGAAGAAGAAGAAGAAGCGAAACAAAGAUCAAAUUUUUUAUCAAAAAAUUUGAUUCAUCACCAUAACCAAUCACCACAUCUAUCUCUCUAUCAUAUCGCUGAUUAAAUUAGCUAAAAAUUUCGCUAAUUUAUACAUUUUUUAAGCCAAAUUAUUGAAGUGGUUGUACUGAUUUGCAGAGAGGCAAAGGUGGGAGGGUGGGAAUUUGACGGUGCUGUUUUAAGGAAUUAGGGGUUUUUAUCUAUUUAGUUAUUUAUUUAUUUAUUUUUGUUGCGGUGGUGUGAUGGGGUUGGGAAAUAGUGAAAAUGAUGUGGUUGUUGAUGAUGGGGAUGGUGGAGAUGGAGGCGGUGGCGGUGGUGUAGGAGGACGCGGGAAGUCGUUUGGGUCGGUUUCGUGUUCGAUUUGCCUCGAGGUAGUCACCGAAAACGGGGAUCGAUCGUGGGCCAAGCUCCAAUGCGGACAUCAAUUCCAUUUGGAUUGCAUUGGUUCAGCAUUUAAUAUAAAGGGCGCUAUGCAAUGCCCUAAUUGUCGGAAAAUUGAGAAAGGCCAGUGGCUUUAUGCAAAUGGUUGCCGUUCACUGCCAGAAUUCAGCAUGGAUGACUGGGUCCAUGAUGAAGACCUUUAUGAUUUAAGCUACUCCGAAAUGUCCUUUGGAGUUCAUUGGUGUCCAUUUGGUAGUUUAGCACGACUUCCAUUGUCCUUUGAGGAAGGAGAAUUUUCAUCAAAUGCGUACCAUGAUCUACUAGGACAACAUGCUAUCUUUGCAGAACACACAGCAGCUGUAUCUUCAGCUACUCAUCCAUGUCCAUAUAUUGCUUAUUUUGGACCAAUUCAUCCAUCAACUUCCAACUCCAGUGGAAGUGUUUCAGAUGGUUCGAAUUUUAAUAAUCACUGGAAUGGUCCAUCAGUGCCUAGUGAGAUUCCUAGUUCCUAUGCUUUCCCUGCCAUGGAUCUCCAUUAUCAUGGUUGGGAGCACCAUGCCCCUCCCUUCUCUACGACCAGCAGUCGCAUUGGAAAUCCUGAUCAGCCUUCAAUUCCACCAGUUGCCCAAAGGCCAGCUAGAACCAGUUCCGAUCUUCCAAGAUCAGGAUCAUUUAUGCAUCCUUUCCUUGUUGGCCACAGUUCUAGUGCUAGAGCUGGAAGCUCCAUUGCUUCCUCAAUGAUUCCACCUUACCAAGGCAGUAAUGCCCGGGCUCGUGAUAGAGUUCAAGCUCUUCAGGCUUACUAUCAACAACAACCUGGAAAUUCUACAGCAAUUCGUGCACCCAUUAUUUCUGGAACCCAAAGAUCCAACAGUCACAGAGGUUUGUCUCAAGUAGGACCAAUGGCCUCUUCAUCAGAUCAGACUGGGUUCUAUUUCAUCCCACCAAGUACAUCAGGUCGAAACUACCAAGAAGCAGAAAAUCCUCCACCGUCUCGAUUUCGGGUAUGGGGAAGAGAUCUCUCGACUUCAUACUCAGUAAGUCAGGUUGACAGAGAAUCAAAUUGGGGUGCAUUUCAUCAGGCUACGGGCGGAUCAGAUGCUAGCAUCAGAUCAAGCAACUUUCGCCAAAGGCAUGGAUCUGAGAGAAUGUCUUCUCAAAAUCAGUCAUAGCUAUCCUUUUGGGUGAAGCAAACUAUCAGUACUGAAGUUAUGUAUGCUUGAAAAACGAUAUAUAAUGCUUGGAGUCUGUCACAUCAUGACGGACUCGAAAUACUGUGGAGUGGCCCUGAAAACGAUCUUUAUGGCAGCCACUUGGCUGUGUGAUGAACUUUGGCAUCCUCUAGUUUCUUUGCCUUUGAGGAUAUAAAAAUAACACAUGUUGGAUAGAA